ACCAUGCUGUUGAUGACAAUUCUAGUGCUAUCCACAUGCCCACAUGUGCAGAGCAGUCUUGUGUUCUGCCCAGAUACAAGUGACCUCAACACAGAUCAGCUUCUGAUUGAGUGUCUGGGCGUGCAGUUCAGCUGGCUGAAUGCAGUGUAUGAUAAUUUGGUGUCAGUGCUGAGGUUUGCGGUGAGGAUGCGCUGUGAGGCUGCUGUGUGUCCUUCUGACCUGCUGCAGGAGAACAGACACUACUGCAGCUACAGGACCUUCCAGAACACAACACACACCCCUCAACCUGCUGACACACUCGACCGAUGCUGUCUACACCAUAGGAGAUGCUUUCAGGAACUAGAGGAGAGAAACUGCAGACAAACUCUACCAACACUCACCAACUACACCUGUGACUACCUUACCAACAACAGCUGUGAUUCACUUGAUUCAUGUGAGGAAGGAUUCUGUCUGUGUGACCAAGAAGCCAUUGGGUGCAUCUCCUACAGCUCACAGUCUCAAGCCAUCAGACAGCAGAUAAAGACCAGUGCAGGUCUUCUUGAUAAUGACACCAUCAGUGAUGCGCUCAACAGAACAGAUUGGACAGAAGCAUCUCUCCAGAUACCAGAUCUGGAUGUAAUGCCUGAUGACCUGUAUACUGUUAUAAAUGGAACUCUGGGUAAUUUCACUGAUGAUUUUCUCCUGACUAACGACACUCUAAAGAACGACACCUACAACCCAGGGAUUUCUGUGAUUCCUGCACCAGAAGCAGAGGAAGCUGAAAGAGAGACGGAGGAGAGAGAGAAGGAGGGGUGGAGAGAUGGAGAGGAGGAGAGGACAGAAGGACUGGACCAGCAGCUCAAUGAGACCUUGAAUGUUACAGUGUGGGAGGAGUCUGGAGUGAAUGAAACGGAGAGAGAGGAAAGCUAUUUAACCACUUUUACCAACAAUGCCACACACAUGCCUUUAUACGCAGAAGAACAAACUGAUUCAAUUCCAGCGACAGAAGAACCAGAUGAUGCCUCCCAGCAUCUGUUUGCUUCUUCUGAGACCCACACAUCCAUCCCUGACCCAGAGAUUGAGAGAACAUCCACCCAUCCACUGGACUCCAUGACUACAGCAGCUACACCUGCGAGAGAUGAAGAGGAGGAGGAGAGCGAUGAAGGGAGUGAAGAAAACCUGGACCUGAGCUCUUCUGUUACAGAACAGCCAGAGAAGAGACACGAAGGGAGUGAUGAAGAAAAGGAACAAGAUAAAUAUGGGGUAGACCAGACCUUCCAAGCCAAUAAUAGACCAUUGAUCUUGUAUUCAUCAAGUCAAGCUCCAGCAACAGCCAAUCAGAAUGCUGGAGCCACCCCCAUGCCUAUACACUGGUCAUCUGAAGAAGAAAUGGGUGAAGGGCAGGAUGAGAUAAGUACAGAGGAGGGGGAUGACCAGAUAAGAGAAAAUCUAGAGGUCAUCACCACCACGACACACACACCAGUUAACACACACACUCCACAUACCACCACGAAGAAAACAGAUGAAGAGAGUGAAGAGGAAGAUGGAGAAAGUGAAGAGAAAAAACUACUUUUCUCAACGAGUCAAGCCCCGGCAACAACCAAUCAAAUCACUUACACUCCAAAAUUCAUGUUGACAGCCAAUCAGAAUCUGCAAUCUGCGACCACACCCACUCCUGUAGGGUUGUCUUCCCAAGAUGAAAAGAAAAGAGAAGACAGUGAAGACAGUAAAGAAAAAGAUGAACAGAGUGCAGAAAAAAUGAGUGAUGAGGAGAAACCAGUUAGCUUAAUAAGUCCAACCGCUGCAACAACCAAUCAAAUAACUUCUGAUACAAAAGCCAUAAUGACAGCCAGUCAGAAUUCUGCAGACACACCCACUCUUGUAGAAAGAGACGAAGAGAGUGAGGAGAAAGAUGGAGAGAGUGCAGAGAAGAAACAAGACAAAGAUGAUAAAGAAAUAACCUUACAAACCAAUCACAGGCCAUCAGUCUUGCAUUCAACAAGUCCAGUACCAGCAACAACCAAUCAAAUCACUUCUGAUCCAAAGGUAGUGCUGACAGCCAAUCAGAAUCUGCAAUCUGCGACCACUCCCACUUCUGUAGACGAAAAGAAAAGAGAUGAAGAGAGUGAGGAGAUAGAUGAACAAAGUGCAGAAAAAACGAGUGAAGAGAAGAAACUAGACAAGAACGAUGAAGGAAUAACCUCACAAACCAAUCAGAGGCCAUCUGUCUUGCAUUCAACAAGUCCAGCACCAGCAACAACCAAUCAGAUCACUUCUGAUCCAACGAUAGUGCUGAUAGCCAAUCAGAAUCUGCAGUCUGCAACCACGUCCACUCCUGUAGAGUUGUCUUUUCAAGAUGAAAAGAAAAUAGAUGAAGAGAGUGAGGAGAAAGAUGAACAGAGUGCAGAAAAAACGAGUGAUGAGAAAAAACAAGACAAGAACAAUGAAGAAAUAAGUGUACAAACCAAUCAGAGGCCAUCAGUCGUUUACUCAACCAGUCAAACCCCAGCAACAACCAAUCAAAUCACUUUUGUUUCAAAAGCUGUGUUGACAGCAGCCAAUCAGAAUCUGAAAUAUGCAACAAUGCCCACUCCUGUAGACUUGUCUUCUCAAGAUGAAAAGAAAAUAGAUGAAGAGAGUGAGGAAGACAAUGAACAAACAAGUGAUGAGAAGAAAAAGGACAAGAACAAUGAAGGAAUAAGUGAACAAACCAAUCAGAGGCCAUCAGUCUUGAUUUCAACAAGUCCAGCACCAGCAACAACCAAUCAAAUUAGUUCUGAUCCAAAGGUUGUGCUGACAGCCAAUCAGAAUACGCAGUCUGCAACCAUGCCCACUCCUGUAGAGUUGUCUUCUCAAGAUAAAAAGAAAACAGAUGAAGAGAGUGAGGAGAAAGAUGAACAGAGUGCAGAAAAAACGAGUGAUGAGAAGAAACAAGACAAGAGCAAUGAAGAAACAAGUGUACAAACCAAUCAGAAGCCAUCAGUCCCGGCAACAACCAAUCCAAUCACUUCUGUUUCAAAAGCUGUGUUUACAGCAGCCAAUCAGAAGCUGCAAUCUACAACCACGCCCACUCCUGUAGAGUUGUCUUUUCAAGACGAAAAGCAAAGAGAUGAAACAAGUGAGGAAGACGAUGAAAAGAGUGCAGAAAAAACGAGUGAUGAGAAGAAAAAGGACAAAACCAAUCAAGAAAUAAGUGUACAAACCAAUCCGAGGCCAUCAGUCCCGGCAACAACCAAUCAAAUCACUUCUGAUCCAAAGAUAGUGCUGACAGCCAAUCAGAAUCUGCAAUCUGGAACCACGCCCACUACUGUAGAGUUGUCUUCCCAGAUAACGAAGGAAAACACUCAAAAAACUGCACCAAACACACCCAAGACCCCCUGGAUGGACCUCUUACGUCCACGUCCCACCCAAACCUCGGUCAAACCUGAUGACCUUUCACCUUUGAAAUGGACACCAACACCAAAAACAUCAACCGUUCACACAAUACCGACCACACACUCUCCACAAACCCACACCACUACACCCAGGCCAUACACACCAAGCUCUCCACACACACACACCAGACAUACCACACUUAAGAUGUACACUCCGCCCACGCACACGUCACCCAAACGCACGAACGCGCCGCUUCCGAGACCUGCCGACACCCACAAACCAUCUGUGACCCCUCCCACAAGACCCGGCAGCACGUCCAAGAGUUCCCAUAUCACACUCCACGCUAAACCUGGACACCAACCAGCACAGGCAUCCCCUCCCAGAGCUCCGCACCACCACCUAAACCCGCCCAACCAACCAACUCCAGCACCCCCGACCACACAGGGUCACUCUGAGGAGGAGGAAGAGGAGGAGAAAGAGAGCAGAGUGACGAAGGAUCCAUCUGACAGCUCCCAGGAGGCCGACAAGUCCCUACGUCCCCAGAAGCGAGCAUUGCCAUUUUUUGCCUGGUCUCUGCUGGAGGCCGCGGGACUAUCUGAGGCUCAGACCCAAUCAGAAGAGUGCAGCAUGUCGAUUACUCAAUACAGCUCAUCCGGAGCCGUGCUGAGGGAGUUUGAGGCUUUGGGGAAGAUGCUGCACUGUCUGACCGGUCGCUGUCCUCAAGAGUACCAGUUCUAUGGAUGUUACUGUGGACAGCAGGGCAAAGGCAUGCCUAUGGAUAAACUGGACCGGUGCUGUUUUCUUCACCAGUGCUGUCUAGAGCAUGUUGUGCUGCUGGGCUGCAGAAGAGACAGGAAACACCACGUCCACGUCAGCUGCCAACACGGAAAACCCCGCUGUAUAGGAACGAGUGUGUGCGACCGGCUGCAGUGUGUGUGCGAUCGCACCACGGCCGAAUGCAUGGCAGCCUCGCACUUCAACCAUUCUAUCAGCUCUCAGUGUUCUGGGCCCCGCCCUCCCUGCACACGCAGGCCCCGCCCACCACCGCCACCGCCCGCACCCCCCAAGGACUCUCCCAACUCCAGUGAGGAGAGCUCAGAAACUACCAAAUCACCACCACCAUCAUCACCAUCACCAUCACGUCCCCACCAUCGUCCACUCCAUCCUUACACACCCAGCAAACCCGGACAAGAGAGGCCUGAGGAGCAGGGGAAGGAACCGGGAAAAGCAGAGGAAGAAGAAGAAGAGGAAGAAGAAGAAGAGGAAGAAGAAGAAGAGGAAGAAGAAGAAGAGAAAAAUGAAGAGAUGUGAUGUUUUAAGAUUGCAGGGGACUUUUUGUUACACAUCUCAUGGUUUGCUCUUGAUUGAAGCUGAACUUUCCAGAACAUUCUGAUCUGGUGAUGUUAGCAAGUUCUUCAAGUUGUACAGUAUUUUGUAAGUUUCUUUUUUAUUUUAAGAGUUGCAGAAAGUAGAACGUCUGAUUUCUAAUUGUCCUGAGAUCUUUAUAAAGGCAGAGAAAAUGUAAGAAAAAUAUUUCACACUUCUACUCAGUGAUAAAACUCCUGCAUCCGGACUGCAACUGAAAAAACAGGAGGACCAGUGAAUUUUUUGGGUUUCUCGGUCACGGCAUCAUGUUCAGUAGCUCCUCCAUUUCCACUCGCUGCUGUGUUUACGUGGAUCUCCGCGGAAACGCGCGUCCAAAGAUGUGAAUCCGGACGGGACUAAAAUUACCGGAGGACCACAGAGUUCGCUGAAAAACAGUAGAUAAUUUAGCCUGUAAUUUUCUCAGCGGACGUCUGAGAAAAACACAUACAUAGUCGUUCCAGACGAAAAUAAAAUCACAGAGUACCCCCAUAAAAAAGAAACUAAUCCCGCCCAAAUAGGGCUAAAGACAGUUAGCUGGCUAAAGAGUCUGGUUUUUGGUGUAUGAUUAUCUACCAGCGUUUUAUGAUGAAUCCAAAAUAUGUUCCAUAUACAGGUGCAUCUCAAAAAAACUGGAAUAUCAU